CUUCGACAGUCGUUUCGAACGAUGACAAUUCCAGUGAGAGCGGAAGGAAGGAAAAAGAGGAAAAUAUUUUUUGUAAAAAUGCGCGCGUAUACGAAUUCAAAUAUGGGUUUUCGGAGACUUAGGGAGCCAAAAUAAUUUGGGAGACCGAACAGGAGAGACUUUCGACAUCGCGCGAACUAGGGACUCACUCGAUCUUCUCCGUAACUGCAAACGCUUGCACGUAUCGAGUUCUCGUCGUAUCAACACAAUGAAGUUGUCUGCACGCUGUACAUGCUUCGAAGCAUUUGAUAGACCAACCAAGACAAAGAAUUCUACGAAUUGGCCAAUCAAAAAAUGCUUUUAAUUGCUUUUGAAAUGUCGACAAAACUUUCAAGGAUAGAAGUCAAUCGGACACAAAAUAUUCAUGUCUAUAUGAUAACGGUUGAAUAUUGAUUAAUCGACGUGAGCAAAAUUGGUUAAUUCCAAGUCGCAUCUUGGAACACCUCCGUAAAUCACACCGGCAUCUAGACUGCGCUCCAAGUCAUACGCCCGGUCAUACAUCGUAAAUCAAGAAAGAUGCGCAUAAUUGAGGACGCCGUGGGCGGAAGAGAAGACGGCGGCGAAGGAAGAGGGAAAGAGGAGGAGAAGGGGAGGUCCAGACAGGGGUUGAUACACGGAGCGCAUCCGCAGGAUGGACGUACCGUGAUGGAGGUAGGCGAUCAGUCAGCGUAGUAGACGACACCAGGUCGUCCCGAUCGACCGGCACAUUUACAAUUGUCCUCAAAUAAGAGAAACCAGCUACUCGUCCGCGAUGGCUACGACGGCCUCAACGGAGAAGAUGAACAUGGAGAAGGACUUGGACUUGCCGAAGAAGAAGCUUAUCAACACGAACCUGAUAUCACUCAAGUGUCUUCUGUUCAUCUUUUUCGGGGGUAUCGGCUGCCUCUUCCCGUUUCUUCCACUGCACAUGACGAAGGUAGGACUGAGCAUCGAGAAUGUCAGGUUUGUGUCGAUGGUCUCGCCGGCGGUGGCGAUACUGGGGCCGUUAAUAGCGGGGCCGAUUGCCGACAAGCUCGCUAGCCGUCAGAACAAUAAUGACAAAUCGUCAACCGGCCGUUACCUCCGCGUGAUGAUCGCCGUCGCCUGCAUCUUCUCGGCGUUCUUCUACUCGCUACUGAUACUGGUGCCCACGAUGGAUCGUAUGUUACCCGCCGGGAAGGGCCCAGAACUCAAGUUUAACUGCGAUCGACGCGGUGCGGUGGUGCGGCAAGAAAGAUGCGAGAACCGUUUUGGUUGUCAUCGCUGGGCCGAUUAUGAUAGCGGUGUGGGUGUUAUGCAGCUGGAAAACUGCAACUAUGUUUGCUACCCAACUAGCGAACGACGGUGGCAUUCGGAAUUGACCGCGCGCACAACGACGUUCCGAAGCAACGCCGAUGUUGAGCCUGACUUCUUCGAUGGCAGUGGCGAAACCACCGUUGCACCGUUGAAUAGUGAACUCUAUGCACAGGAGACUCCCGACGAGACGAAAAAAGCUCGUCGUUACGUCAUGCUCGAGUAUGAGCCGCCACAUCUGUGCUACAAGGACGAGAGCGAUAAUAUCGUCUGUCACGUUUACACGGAGUACUCUGGCACGCUACUGAUGAACGGUAGCCUCGGACAGGCACUGAAUCCCGAAAACGAGAAUGAAUGGUGUGCAUAUCCCGUGUCCGAGUAUUUCACCUGUCGCAUUCCACUCCAGUUGGAAGAUCAGACGGCCAAGUUUAAUAAAAGUUGCUCCAUAGAAUGCAACUUGAUUGAUCCAUAUACACUCCCAGGCAGCGUAUUGCUGGAAAGCCAGUGCCAACGUACCGGCGAUUGGACGGAAGCGGCGUUCUGGAUGUACCUGAUCGUGCGUUCAAUCGCGGAUAUCUUCCCUACGACCGCCGUUGCCCUGAUCGACGCAGCAGUGGUGAUUGCAACUAGAGAGACGUCGUGCGGUCGCGGCGAUGUAGGACGCCAGUUGGCUUUCGGUUCUCUUGGUUUUGCCCUACUAGGACCACUGACCGGCUAUCUGAGCACCCUGACAAGUGAAAUAGGACCGGCUUAUUGGCUACCACUCGUCUUGCACGCUGCAUUGAUGAUUCUCGCGGCUAUCGUUGCUCUGUCGGCGAAUGGCAUGCCACUCAGUCCACCAGAAUGGUGGUGGCAUACGAGAAGUGGCAUGUUGGCGUUACCAAUGAGCGCUGUCAAGAGGUACGGUAGCGAGACUGCCGCUCUGGUCUUCGUCCUGCUAGUCAUGGGAACCUUUUGGAGCGCAAUGGACAGCUACCUACCUUUGCAUCUUCAAAGACUAGGGGGCGAUGAACUUUCCAUCGGUGUCGCUAUGACCGUCGGAGCGAUACCGGCGUUCCUAUUCCUCUGGAAGUCGGAACAUCUUGUAGAUUACUGUGGACACAGUAACCUUCUCAUCACUGCCUUCACGGUGUACAUAAUCAGGUUCACCGGACUGAGUUUCGUAUCUGAGCCUUGGUGGUCCCUAAUCUCGGAAGCUUUAGAAGUAUUCACCUUAGGAAUAAUGUGGGUUACUGCCAUUCUCUACUUGAGACACUUGGUACCGCGUCAUUUGACCGUAACUGCCCAAGCGCUGCCUGUGAUAGCUCACUUUUGCGUCGGCCGGUGUCUCGGAGCCGUUAUCGGUGCUUAUAUCCAUCUUGGCGAUCAAGACAUCGUUCAAUCGCUGAGAUUUGUGUAUCGUUGUAUGGCGAUAGCGGCGGCCAUCGUUGCUGGCCUGUAUUUCGUACUGUAUCAUGGUCUACUGAAACCGAGAUGUCAUGCACAUACCAUCCAGGGUCCUCGUCAACCCCCCACAAUCGUGCAAGCUGCCAUAAGAGAUUAUGAACUGACAAUGAACGGAAAUGGAAAUUACACGCCGCUGAGAGUGUACCAUAAUGGAAUGGGCAGAAAGGGUCAAUUUCGAUACUGAGAAGUUAUCUGUACGAACGAAUGAAGAGUUCUAAGAACCAACACUGCAACAAUGAUUCCACAAUGCAACGUAUAAAUGUCAUCUGUGACGAAGUGCCGACAAUGUGUGGUUUUACAUAUUUCGUUGCAUCUAUCAUUAAUUUGUUAAUUUAAGCCGACUCAAUUCUUCUAUUUCUUGAUUAUUAUUUAAAUGAAUCAUUAUCACAAGGACCACUACUUGCUCAAACACGUUCUACGAGCUAUAUCAUCAGUUUUUAUAUUUGUAAUUAUAAAAGUGUAAGUACCAACAACAGCGAACAACAUAAUGGGAAUCUUUCGCAUACUACGUUGCAGUAAUAAAAAGAGAGAGAUAGAAAAACCUUUAUGUACAAAACGUCCACGAAAAGUGUCUAAUAUUUUCUUAGUUUUCUGUCAUAUUAUUUUUUUUUUUUGCAAUCGUGUUUAUAAAACUUUUGAGGUAUACUUGAGAUAUAUGCAAUUAAAAAAUGAACAUUUUCUUUGGUGAAAUCAUUACAGCGAGACUUACAUGCGUCUUCACAUGUAAUAUAAAUUGAAUAAGUAUCAAUAAAAGUAAGACGUCUAUUUGACUAGACAAAUGUUACGUUUCUGUGAAUUGAUAUAUAUGUAUACAAAAAAAGUGAAAUAAAAAUAUGUUGGAGAGAGAAA